GAGCAAUACGUAUUAUUAAUAGAUGUUCAUGUUUAUACAAGUAGGAAUGAGGUGUUUUUUUAAUUUUCUUUUUUUCAGGCAUCUGCGAAUGGGGCCUCUCCCUGUUUUUUUUAGUUUUUUUUUUUUUUUUUCAAAGUAUCUGUUUCUUUUUUCUAGCAUGUUGAAACGUUAGACUUCCCGUUUCUGCUUGAUUUUGAAUAUACUCCUGUUUGCUUGUCACAGGUAAUCUUGCAUUUCUAGGUAGUUGUAGUUUACAGGGAGCAAGUGCAGGCAGCAACCAGUCCAUCCCUGUUGUGAAUGUGGAGAUCUCUCUGGACUCACAAUUAAAGUCUACAUAGUGCAUUCCACUACAAGUGACGAAACCUGGCUCCCAGAAUAACAAGCAAGACAACUCUCAAAGUGACUGUUGACCAGCGCCUUCUGUGCGUUUAUGUAGUAAACUUAUGGUACAUUUUUCAAAAGGAUAGUAUAUAUUAUUUUGAAUUAUUCUUGAGAAGGACUGAGUCUCCCCGAAGGUGAUGCAGGUGCCGUAGUGUACACGUCAACAGGGUGGUUGCGUGCAUUCCUCAAGUCUGUAUGACUACCAAGAUACUGUGAAGUUGUCCUUCUGAUUGUAUACGGGCAGAAAAUGCUGAAACUAGUGGCCACAGAUGUCUUUAAUUCCAAAAACCUGGCCGUUCAGGCACAAAAGAAGAUCUUGGGUAAAAUGGUGUCCAAAUCCAUCGCCACCACCUUAAUAGAUGACACGAGUAGUGAGGUGCUGGAUGAGCUCUACAGAGUGACCAGGGAGUACACCCAAAACAAGAAGGAGGCAGAGAAGAUCAUCAAGAACCUUAUCAAGACGGUCAUCAAGCUGGCCAUUCUUUACAGGAAUAAUCAGUUUAAUCAAGAUGAGCUAGCACUGAUGGAGAAAUUUAAGAAGAAAGUUCAUCAACUUGCUAUGACCGUGGUCAGUUUCCACCAGGUGGAUUAUACCUUUGACCGGAAUGUGUUAUCCAGGCUGUUAAAUGAAUGCAGAGAGAUGCUGCACCAAAUCAUUCAGCGUCACCUCACUGCCAAGUCACAUGGACGGGUUAAUAAUGUCUUUGAUCAUUUUUCAGAUUGUGACUUCUUGGCUGCCUUGUAUAAUCCUUUUGGGAAUUUUAAACCCCACUUACAAAAACUAUGUGAUGGUAUCAACAAAAUGUUGGAUGAAGAGAACAUAUGAGCGCAUGAGUUAAGAUUGUGACUGAUCGUGAUUGAUUUGAAGAUGGAGCACUGCUGAUUUAUGAAGGAAAAAAGAAGAAUUUUCUAAAGAUUACACAUAUUUCGGAAAGACUUUGCCCAAUUCAGUUGUCAGACAUAAUGAUUUAUUUGAAGGCUUGUUUUAUUUGAAGAAAAGCAUAUUGCCAAAAAUUCUGGUUAAAAGCUUCCAAACGGGUAACAGACCAUGGGAGAGAUAUGUGGUUGGGUAAUGCAAAUGUAGUUACACAAAGAAAAAUACAGAUAGCUCCAGACCUGAGGACUUUUUUAUAGGGCAAUUGUUGUGUUGGUGGCACAUUGGAUAUUUCUAACAUGUACAAAGCUAUGUAUUUUGAUUUACUUUCAUUCUUGCUAUGUAUACGUACUUUUCUUAAAAUGCCAAGAACUUUCUCUUGCUAUCAUUGCUCCUUUUGAAACAAUUCAAUUUUCAUGUCUACAGCUUACAGCUGACUGUUUUGUUAAAGAUUGAGUCAUUGACAUUCAAGAUUUAAGUCUGAGGUAGUCAAUCCUCAACAAAAAACAAACAAACAAAAAAAUGGCUUAUCUGAAAUCAGUACUGUGGAAAUGAAGUAUAUGAUCUAUUAUGAAUAAUGUCCAAUAUAAGAAUAUGCUUCUGGAAUUGAGUUCUACUUUUAAGUACCAGUGGUAUUUAAAUUUUUCAGAAAUGUAAUGGUGUGUCAUUGCCUUGAAGUGCUUGCUUAGGGCUUCUUUUAUGUUAUCUUAAAAUGUGCUGGUGAAUUUUUCAUUUUUUACAUCCAUAUCAUAUGUAAGAGACAGAAAAAUCUAGAUUGGUCUUGAUACUGAGAUAAUAAAAAAGUAGCAUUAAGAAAGAUGACAAUCUUCAUUUUACAGAUGAACUCAUUGAAACAAUUUAGGGGAAUGAGGGGCAAAAGGGGAGAAAUGAUGUUGCUAAAGAACAUGAGCACAAAAAGGAAUGCAUUUCAGUGUUUAAGAAGGUUUGAUAAAGAAUGUCACUUUUUUAUUUAACUGAUAAGGUUUUUGUUAUUUUUUACUUUGAUGAGUAAACCAAAAAAUAUUUGCAUUUCAAGCAGUUUGUGUGGUGUUUCUAUAUAAUUUUCUGUGUGUAAAUAAUAAAGUAGGCAUUUGCUUAUUUUGUAAAAAAGAAAUGAAAAUCUGCUGGCCAGCUAUGUCCUCUAGGAAAUGACAGACCCAACCAGCAGCAAUAAAUAUUUCCAUUGUCA